GUCCAUGAAUGAGCACAGACACUUACUUAAGAGAAAAUCCCUCAUGUGCUUUUUAAUUCUAAAUGAGGCAUUACGUGAUUGAGAGAAUGUCUUCUGGUGUGACGCAUGUGUCGGAGCUGCUCAGUCACACCAAUCACCUGGAGAGAAUUGGAAACACUACAGGGAAGCACACACAGGGAAAGAACACAGUCUUAGCAUCAUCUUACAGCAGCCUUAGCUCCCUGCUCAGCCACACUGUGUAGUAGGGACAACCCAACGCAGCAGCUGCCAACAUGUGUGACAUGGGGGGAUUGGAUAAUCUGGUGGCGAACACGGCCUACCUUAAGGGGGGUGACGAAAAGGAGAUGAGGAAGAGGCGGCGUAGCCUGUCCCUGCCCAAGCCAGAACAGUGCGUGUCUAUCCGCGCCACGGUUGGGAAAGAAUUUGAGAUGCUCUGCGAGAGGCAGCCCAUAGGGAAGAAGUUCUUCCGGCAGUUUCUCCUGGAGUCCAACCCGCAGUACGUGGCGGCCGCAGAGUUCCUGGACGAGUUAAUCGACUGGGAUCUGGCAGAAGGCGCUGGCAAAGAUAAGGCGAGGAUGAAUAUCAUCAACAAGUUCUGCAAGGCUGACUCCAAGAACUUCCUGUCCUACCUGACGGGAGAGGUAGCGGACAAGUGCAAGGCGGUGUCGGACAAGGACUUUGAAGACGUGAUGAUGGGCAAGGUGAAAGAUGCCACGUGGGAGUACCUGAAGGAAAAGCCCUUCACAGAGUACCAGACCAGCCCUAACUUUGACAAGUUCCUGCAGUGGAAAGAGUACGAGAAACAGAAAAUCACUGAUAAGUAUUUCUAUGAGUUCAGGACCCUGGGAAAGGGAGGCUUUGGAGAGGUGUGUGCCGUGCAGGUGAAAAACUCAGGCCAGAUGUACGCCUGCAAAAAGCUGUGCAAGAAGCGUCUGAAGCAGAAGAAUGGUGAGGGCAUGGCACUGCUGGAGAAGCAGAUCCUGGAGAAGGUUAACAGCUUGUUCCUGGUUAACCUGUCCUAUGCCUACGACUCCAAGACCCACCUGUGCCUCGUCAUGACCCUGAUGAAUGGCGGCGACCUCAGGUACCACAUCUAUAACAUUGGUGAAAAAGGCCUUGAAAUGGGCCGCAUCAAUUACUACAUUGCACAGGUCACCACAGGAAUCCUCCACCUACACGCCAUGGAUAUAGCAUACAGAGACAUGAAGCCAGAGAACGUGCUACUGGACAGCUUCGGCCAAUGUCGACUCUCGGAUCUGGGGUUGGCCGUGGAGCUGCCUGGUGAAAAGACCAUCAAUCAAAAGGCUGGCACAAGUGGCUACAUGGCCCCAGAGAUCCUGAAGAAAGAGCCUUACCGGAUGUCAGUGGACUGGUGGGCACUGGGCUGCAGUAUCUACGAGAUGGUGUCAGCUCGCCUGCCCUUCAAGGACUAUAAGGAGAAGGUGCAGAAGGAGGAGGUGGCACGGCGCACCCUCGAGGAUGAAUGCAAGUACGAGCACAAGAACUUUGACGAGGGCACCAAAGCCAUCAUCGACCUCUUCCUCAAGAAGAAAAUUGACGAGCGUCUGGGAUGCAGGACCAAGAACGAGGACCCAAGGAAGCAUGAGUGGUUCAAGAGCAUUAACUUCCCUCGACUGGAGGCGGGGCUGAUCGACCCACCCUGGGUCCCCAAGCCCAACGUGGUCUACGCCAAAGACACGGGGGACAUCAAAGACUUCUCCGAGAUUAAGGGUGUCGUGUUUGACGACAAAGAUGAUAAAUUCUUCAAGGAGUUCAACACGGGGGCGGUGCCCAUUGCAUGGCAACAGGAAAUGAUUGACAGCGGACUUUUUGACGAGCUGAACGACCCCAACAGGAAAGAGUCGGCCGCUGGAUUGGACGACGAGGAGAAGAAAUCAAAAUCCUGCACGCUUUUAUAAAAGCUCCUCUAUACUAUAGUUAGCUUUGAAAAUUACAAAAGUCCUAUCGCAUUAAGAACAUUGUAACGAUAAUCAUAGCCACAAAAAAAGAUGUGAAGUGGUAGUAAAAUCCAGGGCCAGGUCAAGACACAUAUUUCCACCACUUCACACAUUUUUUUGUGGAUAUGAUUCUUCCUGCUCUAUUACAUUGUAAUGAUCAUGAUAAACCACAGCACUUACGAUGAUAUCAGGAAUCGAUAAGGUGAUUUUGUCUAUAUCAAUGGGCAGGGUCAGUGUCUGUGGUAGAAUCAACAGGAAAAAGCUAGACUAGAGCUGGAAUGGGGACUGUGCUUUACAGGCACUGGCAGAGUUGCUGUAGCAGGCUUCUACCACAUAGUGUCCCCAGAUAUCUAGAUAUGUGGAUAUUCACAAGUCUUCUCAAUAUUGACUGUGAAACGUCUUGCCUUUUUUUUAAAUGCAUAUGGUAAGAUCACCUGAGCAAUACUGGUUCUGGGGGGGGGGGGGGGGGGCAGUGCCCCUGUGACAACAAUUUUGGACCCCCUUGUGGAAUGUGGAGUAUGAAAUCAUUUUUACAUGACAAAUUUUUGCUAUCGUUCUUUUUUUACAUCCGUUAUUAGACAGUGGCAACGAUGAUGAUUAUGAACAUGGUAUUUUGCCUGCUAAUGCCUGCAAUGCAGUGAAGAAAACGAUAUGACAACAAUAACGUCUAAUGUAACUGUCCCCUCUAACAGUACAACUGGCCCCAGCUUGGCCCCCCCCAGUUGAAAUGGUCUAGAACCGCCACUGCACCUGAGCAUUUUUGAGUGAGAUGUGGUUUUAUUGGAUUGCAAAGCUUUAACUCUUAAAGCCUUAGAGAGCAUGAACUCUCACUCCUUCACAACUAUAUCCCAAUGACCAACAAACUCCCAAACCACAUUUUAACAAAUGUAUAAUAUACCUAUAAAAUGGAUCUCACUGUGUUCAGUCUUAUAAGCUAUUUGUAAUAGUGAUAUGUAGGGUUUCUUUCAAGCACACUAUAACAAUGUAUAUGCUAACUUAUUUUCACCCAUUAGUUACAUUUACAAGCCCAAUGCAGCUGUGUUCAUAUCAAUAUCAAAUCAUUUCUGGGUAACAAUGAUGUACCUUACUGUAAUAGUAUUCCAUUAAAAUGAACAAAAAUAGCUUUUUAGCAAAUAACUAUUUCUCAAGCAAGAAUGUUGCUAGGACUGUCUGGGAGUGGUCUGAGUGGGGAGGGGAAAACUGAAAACUAGCUGUUAUUAGCAGAGAGGUUUGGAACUCUCUUUGUAAUUGGUCUAUUAAUUAAUUUAUCGCCUGGUGAUGUCACCAGGCAAGCCAAAAUUCCCGCCCAUGCAAACCUGCUGAUUAGAUCCUGUGUAGAUUGUAUUUUCAACAAGCAACUAUCAGGAAAUAACACUGAUAAGAUUGUGUUAGUUUCAUCAGCUGUUGCACAAUAUGAUACAAAACACAGGCAAAACAUCAUUUUGACUGCACUGGGCCUUUAAGAAUGUGUGUGCACCAUAAUGCACCUUACUAAUUAAGCAUGUUCAUUUAAUUAAGAGACUGAGAUGAUCAUAGAGGAUUUUUGAAUGAGUUGAAUGAGUCUUUGAAUGAGUUGAUUGGAUCUCAGAAGAAUGUUAAAUCAAAAGCUGGUCCUUGUUUGUGCUUGUGUCUUUGUUACGUUGAGCUUCUUGAAGUGACAUUUGAUUUGCAGUUCUUACAGUGUAAAUCUCUCUUUUUUUGAAAGGAUUGGGGAUUCUUGUGGUAUGUGUAUGCUGAAUGGAAAGGUGAUAUGUGCAAUAGGAAAUAGUUGAAAAUCAAAGAAAUAAUGAAUGCUUUUUAUAUAUUUAUCUUUAUGAAUGUUCUUUUUAUAUCCCUGUAUAAUCUGUGUAUUAUCUGUUUAAAUUUAACCUCAAGUA